AUGUUGUCUUCAUUCUUUUUCUAUUUUCUUUUGGGAUUUCACGUUUUAAUGAAACACAGUGCAAUUAAAAAAGACAAAGGUAUACGUACAUCAUUUCAAGUUCGUAGAAAAAUUGAAGCAGAAAUUAAAAAAAUUCGUAAUGAAUCUAUUGAACGAAAAAAAGCAAAAGAUGAAUUAAAAAGAAUGAAACGUUUAAAAGAAGAAGAGAAACAUCAACGUAAAUUAGAAAAUGAACGUCGUUCAGAAAUUGUUGUACCGAUAACAAAUCCGGCAAAACUAAAACGUUUACGAAAAAAACAAAUGCGGACAGUUGUAACACGAUGA